AUGAGACCGUCGGUGGACACCAGGUCGCCCCUCCCAGAGCAUUACAAGCUGAGACGAAAACUCAUCGAGAAAGAGGAAUAUGAUCGGAUCAUUGGAAGGAAGCCAGGCUUUCUGGAUUGGUUGAGCGUGAAGCAGCAGCAGUACAACAUAACGAGCGUUCUUUAUGUCUUAGACUGGUGGGAAAAGAUUCUCUUCAACAUCUUCAUGUUUAGUGUCUUGUUCGGAACAGUCUUUGCCAUGUCCCUUUACAGCCAGAGCUCAGGCUUGCUGUUAGCGCUCAGCAUCUUUCUGAUGGGAGUUUUAAUCUUGCUCCUCCUCUUGUGCCCUCUGCAUCAAUAUUGA